AUGAAUUCGAUCAAGAUCCCAUGGGGCGAAGUCGCAAAAUCAAUCGGCCACAACAUCUCAGAAGGCGCCAUUGUCCAGCAUUUGGCGAAAAUUCGAGCUCGCCGAAUUGAAGCAAAUAAAGAGGUUCCCCCAGCGUUGAGAAGAGGCUCAUGCGGCAGUUAUGCAAAGACCGCAAGGACAACGACUGCAACAAGCUAUAAGAAGAGUACUCGACUGGACGAGGCCUCUUACAGCUCAGACGAGGAAUGGCUGGAGCACAGGGCCUCAGCACAACGCAAGGCUGGAGAGAAGCGGAAAAGAACUCGAGCUCAAUACCGAGAGGACCCGUAUACCGAGUGUGGAGAGUUUUCUGACGAUGACGACUCGGAGAUAGUGGCAGCUGGAGCAUCGUUUCUUGAGUUGCCUAACGACAGACAUACGGAAAGGCCGCAAUCACCAACUCCGCAUCCACCAAGCAAGAUCGUUACCUACAAAUGUCCGAAGCCUUUUCUUAUCGGACUAGCAAAAGGCAUCGUGUCCAGGGCAUCCACGCCCCAAAAGCCAACUUUAGCGCCCGAGCUGUAUUUAGAGGGACAGCUGAAGAAGGAGCCUAUGGAGGAAAAGCCAGACACUGAGAAAAGGUCAGUUCGAAUGGAAGAGUCUUUUGAGAAGCAUGAGCCAUUUGAAUCGGACGGCGGGUUUCAAGAUGGCUCUAUUGCAAGCACAGCGCUCUUUCCCACCCCGUCCGAUUACAGCCAUGACUUCGCUGCCACCACAGACAAUGGCAAUCAUGCCCCUUUAAUACAGUUGGGAUCCGAUGCCAAUGCCACGUUUCCACCUCGGAUGCAAGAGGAGGGGGAAUAUAUCCACACUGGCAAUAAAGACAUGGAUUUAUUCCCAGGCAGGAAUUGGGACGCCUUCUUAAAUGGUUGGGAAAUCUUGAACGCAUUCCCGGACCAUGACAUCCUUACGCCGCAUCAGGGCGUUCAGUACGGUCAGGAUCAAGGAUUCCAAGACACGCUUGGGGACUAUCCUAGCACGCAAGAUGAUCCGAUGUGGUUAAUGGACAGCUGA